AUGGGCACACGGUCUGACCAAAACGCGAAGCCAACGGAGGCGCCCGGCCAUAAUCAUAUCGAGCUUGCAUCGCCUGGAGCCCUAGCAGACCAGGUGACUCCCGAGGCAGAUGUCGAGACUGAGAAAGUGAUCGUUGCCGAGGAGGUGAGGAAGUACUCGCGAGACGACGACGAAGCCAUGAAGGCCAUGGCGAACUAUGACGGCCCGCCAUUGGUCCUGGAUGAUGAGACAAAUAGAAGACUUUUACGCACGAUUGACUGGCAUAUGUUGCCUAUACUAUGCUGCGUCUUUGGUCUGAAUUAUCUCGACAAAACGACUCUUUCAUACGCUAGUAUCAUGGGAAUUAAGGAGGACAUUAAUCUCACAGGAAACGAGUAUUCCUGGCUUGGGUCAAUCUUUUACAUUGGAUGGUUGGUCUGGGAGUAUCCCACAAGUCGGCUUCUACAAUGGCUACCAUUGGCUAAAUAUUCUGCUUUUUGCGUGACCACCUGGGGUGUGAUUCUUGCUGUUUUUGCAACUGUCUCAGAUUUUCAAGGUGCAAUGGCAAUCCGAUUCCUCCUUGGGAUGUUUGAAGCUGCCAGCAUGCCGGCGUUCGCGCUAAUCUCAUCUCAAUGGUAUACUGUGCGCGAACACAACCUCCGCGCCGGAUUGUGGAUCAGUGCAAAUGGCUGGGGCCAAAUCAUAGGUGGGCUAGUGGCGUACGGCAUCUCGCGGCGCAUCUCUGAAGUGGAUGCGGCCAUUGCUGGAUGGAAGCUAAUCUUCGUUGCGACUGGUUGCUUCACGACAUGCAUUGGACUUAUCUUCUUCUACAUUAUCCCCGACUCCCAACUAAAUUGCCGCUGGCUUAACCAGCGCGACAGGCUCCUGGCCAUCCAGCGAGUACGUGAAAAUGAGCAAGGCAUUGGAAACCGGCACUUCAAAUUGUACCAAUUCAAGGAAGCCUUUUUCGAUCCAUUAACCUGGGCUUUGUUUGCCUACGGGGUUCUCUCCGAUAUCCCAAACGGUGGACUCACCAACUUUUUCAGCCAACUAAUCGUGGGAUUCGGAUACACAUCCCAACAGAGUCUGCUCUAUGGUAUACCCGGCGGAGCAGUGGUAAUUAUAGCAUGCUGGACCAACGGCUUUGUCGGAGAUAGACUUCAGAAUCGCACGCUGGUUGCAUGUGGGCCCAUGGCCUGCGCGUUGGUGGGGAUCAUUCUCAUCGUCGCGCUCCCGAUCUCGAACGAUUACAAUAUCGGAAGAUUGAUUGGUUAUUACAUGACUCAGGCACUUCCUGCGACAGGUGCCAGUGUACUUUCUUUGAUCUCGAGCAAUAUUGCUGGGUACACCAAGAAGACGACUGUCGCAGCUUUGUAUCUGAUCGGAUACUGCCUUGGAAAUGUCAUUGGGCCGCAGACGUUUAACCCCGGGGACGCGCCACGAUACGUGCCCGCUGAGAUCACCAUUUUGGUCUGCUUUGGCCUGUGCAUUUGUGAUCUCCUAUUUAUCAAUUGGUGGUGUCGGAGAGAGAAUAGACGCAAAUCAGCCGUGCGAGCGAGUCCAGGAUAUGUCCGAUUGGAUAAUCAGGGAUGGCGUGAUUUUACUGAUAGAGAGAACCCAGAAUUUGUUUAUGCCUUAUAG